AUGCGCGGGGGAGCGGAAGUAAGUGUCACUUCCUGGCUGUGCAUCUGACGUGUCUAAAACAGUUUUACACUGGUGGUGGAUUUUAUCAUCUUUUGAAGUAUUACCUGAUACGUGGUGGCAAGAUGCUAGAUUUCUUCACCAUCUUCAGCAAAGGGGGGAUAGUGUUGUGGUGUUUUCAGGGAGCCGGGGUCACUGAAUCCUUCACGGGGCCUGUCAACGCUUUGAUCCGCUCCGUGAUCCUUCAGGAGCGAAGUGGGAACAAUUCAUUCACUCAUGAGGCCCUGAGUCUUAAAUACAAGCUCGAUAAUGAGUUUGAGCUAAUUUUUGUGGUGGGUUUUCAAAAGAUCCUGACGCUGACAUAUGUGGACAAGUUCAUAGAUGAUGUUCAGCUUCAUUUUAGGGAUCGUUAUAAGAAUGAGCUGGAGCAAAAGGGAGCUUUGAAGCUCCUCAACAACAACUUUGAAUUUGAGGACAUCUUCAAGAUGCUUCUUAGAGAGGCGGAGGAGAGCAGCAAAGCUCGGAGCCAUGCUCCCAUGCGUUCCUUUAAGGAGUCCGAGAAAUCCCAAAAAACUGUGAAAUCAAUGAUUGAGACGAAGGGUGGGGACAAAAGCAAGGAGCAGGGUGGCAAGAAGAAUAAAAAUACCAAAAAGGAGGCUCCUGCAGCUGAGCCUGCCAAAGGUGAUCAAGGCAAGCCCACACCGUCUGGACAGAAGAUGGUUGAGAAUGGUAACCAGGGCUUGACUCCUGAGGAGGUCAUAGAGAAGAACAAAGAAAAGUUAUUUCGCAAACGCAUGGUGACAACUACUGAAAAACCUAGGAAGUCUCCAAAGCCUCAGAAACCGAGGGAGAAACCAAUGCGUGUUUGGGACAUGGGUGGUAGCAGCACCAAGGACCUGGACUACAGCUACAAUGGUGACAACUGUUCGCCUAGCAACGGUGGUGAACAGCACCUGGAGGCACAAAAUGACCCAGGGAUGCAAGUGAGCUCCAUGGAGGGAGACCUGCUGCCUGUAGACUAUGAGUCGAGUGAGGAAGGGGAGAUUGGGGAGGAAGAUGAGAGAGUGAUUGUCAGUGAGACGAGCAAGACAAGCUCGAAAAAGGGUGGCAGUUUUGGGGGCAUGUUUGGGAUGCUGAAAGGCCUGGUGGGCUCCAAGAGCCUGACCCGUGAGGACAUGGAGUCAGUGCUGGAGAAGAUGAGGGACCACCUCAUCACAAAGAAUGUAGCAGCCGACAUUGCCUCCCAGCUCUGUGACUCUGUAGCUAAAAAACUGGAGGGUAAAGUCAUGGGCACAUUCACCACUGUGGCCUCAACAGUAAAGCAGGCCCUGCAGGACUCAUUGGUGCAGAUCCUGCAGCCCAAGCGAAGGGUGGAUAUUCUGAGAGAUGUCAUGGAGGCACAGAGCCAGCGAAGGCCAUUUGUCAUCACAUUUUGUGGUGUCAAUGGGGUCGGAAAGUCCACCAACCUGGCCAAGAUCUCCUUCUGGCUGAUAGAGAAUGGUUUCACAGUGCUGAUCGCAGCCUGUGACACAUUUCGUGCCGGGGCAGUGGAGCAGCUCCGCACUCAUCAGCGCCGCCUGAACUCUCUGCAUCCACCGGAGCAGCAUGGAGGACGCCCCGUAGUCCAGCUCUAUGAGAAGGGCUACGGGAAGGAUGCGGCUGGAAUUGCCAUGGAGGCCAUUGCCUAUGCCCGCAACCAGGCCUUUGACGUGGUGCUGGUCGACACUGCUGGGCGUAUGCAGGACAACGCCCCCCUAAUGACAGCCCUGGCCAAACUUAUCGCGGUCAACAUGCCCGACCUAGUGCUGUUUGUUGGGGAGGCUUUGGUUGGAAAUGAGGCAGUUGAUCAGCUGGUGAAGUUCAAUCAGGCUCUGGCAGACCACUCAAUGUCUGACAAGCCUCGGCUCAUUGAUGGAAUUGUUCUCACUAAGUUUGACACCAUCGACGACAAGGUUGGUGCUGCCAUCUCCAUGACGUACAUCACAGGCCAGCCCAUUGUGUUUGUGGGCACAGGGCAGACCUACAAUGACCUGCGCAGCCUCAAUGCCCGCGCUGUGGUCGGCGCCCUGAUGAAGGCUUAAGUGGCUGCAUGUUCUGCUGUUUAUUCAUCAUCGCAAACAAAGCCAACAAUACCUUUGCCACACUGCCGUGAGAUGUUCCAGCCCUGCUAGCCUGCAUUUCUCAUCCUCUUGCCCUGCCCUCUCUACUUUGCAUCAAAUGAAGAACUCGUGUCAUGCACAGGACAAGUGUGCACUUUGGAAGACAGAUCAUUUUGCAACGAAGCCAGAGGAGCCUCCUUCUACAUCAUUUCUAAACUUUUGGGCCAAAUUGAAAAGUACCUCAGAUCAGCCUGAGUUUUGAAACAAAUGACUUUUUAGCUGACUAAAUGGAUCUAGGCUGUAAAUGUCAUCCGUUUACUGGUUUACACAGUAAAGACUUACAAAACAAAUUCCCCACCUGGCAUUUUGUCAGUCAGUUUUCCCCUCUUUAUGUAAAUGAGGUCAGGUCGUGAAGGCUUGCUGGAUGUGACAUUUCAGCAGCUGCCUGUGCCUGAGGAAAGCUUAGUGACCAUAGUGCCUAUCUGUCUCCUGUCUUGUUAGUUAACACUUUCACUACAUGGGUGAUUAUCCAUCAAGUGUACCAUGGCAUUUCAGGUCAGAAACCACUCCUUCUAGUCUAGAGGAGGGGUCUGAAUCUGUUUACAGUUCAUCAAGUAUCAAAUCAGUAGAUGUUGUACUCCCCUGUUAAAAAUAGAAACCUAAAUUGUGGCGUAGCAAAGACCAGGCUCUGCCAGUGCUGAUCCACUGUAAAGUGGGGAAGUACAUUAAUAUCUCCUAAACAUAUUAACAACUGUGAUCACACCAAUUUCAGAUGGAUUGUUCUAAGAAUGUCAUCUUCCAGAGCUCCUCACCUACCUAACACACUAUUAACACAUUACUCAUUACAAAAUGGAGACUAUGAGCCCUCAGUUUAUAAAAAACUGAAACAAUCCGUUUGAUGAAAAGUGGAAAGAUAUUUUGUAAAUUUAUUUUUUAGCUCUUACGGUUGUCGGCAGAUUUCAGACUCCACUUUGUGUGGUCAGUUGAAGUUCUACAGGCCUUUUAUUUAAGUUUUCCCUCAUGAUUUAUUAAUAUAAGUCUUAAAUAUCUUUAGCCCCCUUUAAUUUGUGGUAGUGCAAUAUGAGAGAAUCAGGAGUUAUACAAAAGAUCUGAGCUAAUUUAUGAGAAUGUAAACAAAUUUCUAAAUAAAGCUGCUAUGUGCUAUGA